GUCCUCUUUUCAAUCACCGGAGACGUCGACCGCUGCUCCAUGGUGCCAUGAAGAGUUCAGUUAGCUGAGAUGCGGCAAGCCGCAGGCCGUGCGGCCAUGGCCUGGCGGCACGGCGUCGGAGCGGUUGGCCGGAGUGAGCGGCGCGGCUGGCGUGGCGCCGCCUUCAUACCAGGCCGGAAGAAUCCCGGAGUUGAGACCACCGCUCAAGUUUCGGCACAUCUUCUGGGCCAGUCGAUCCGGCUCCGGCAGCUGCGGGAGCGCUUGGCGGAGCUGGGUGGGCAGCUGACCACCUGGCAGGGUCAGGUGCUGGUUUGCAGCGGCAGCAACUCCGAGCCCAAUUGCAGCGCGGUGUUUCUGGCGAAUGGCUGUGUGGUUUGCUGGCACACUUCGGAAACCACCCAGAAGCAGCUGCUGCAGCUGGCGGCGGAGUGCCCUGCCACCCGCCGGGGUCCAGUGAACCUAGGCGCCCUGCAGCUGGUCUUGGAGGGGCGCCUGCAACCGCAGGAAGAUGGUGAGCCUAUUGCCUCCGAAUCCAUGGAGCUGCUGGAUGCUCCGGCAGGCGCCAGCACACAGCUCAAGUCUGACGGCUGCCUUCACUUGAGCAUCGACCCGGAGGUACGAAGGACUCAUCAGGUGGCGAUCUCCUUGGGUAUGGCAGUAGCGGUGCGACUUGAAUCCCUCGAAACGAAGAUCGAGAGGCAGCUGGAGAGCGACUGGAAGGCGUUGCAGAAGGAGGUGGCUCGCCUGGAAGACCCGUGGACCGUGAGCACCAGCCUAAAGGAUGUGUCUCAUCGGAUUUUCAAGUAUGAGCACAUGCUUCACAGGAUGCGCUACGAGCUGAAUGCAGAAGCAGGGCUUUUGGAUCCUCCGGAGCUGCUUUGGGAGCAGCCGAUCGCCGAAAAGCUGCACGACCAGGUCGUGGCCCACUUCGACGUGCGCCGCCGCACCACGCUGCUGAACGAGCGGUUGAGCUACUCGCUGGACUACUUGCACACGCUGGGAGAGCACGUGAGGCACCUGUACUCAGUGCGGCUCGAGAGGAUGAUCAUCAUUCUGAUCACUUUGGAGCUGGGCGUUGGCAUCAUGGGUUUGUCCGCUGGCCUUCCGCCACAUGGCGUCGUCGUGCAAGAGGUGCAGUGAUGCUGAGCGACAGCAGCUAGGUGCCAUGUUGCGGAGUUGGGCCAAAGUGCCCAAACCGCGUCUCGGUGGACGUUUGAAUCGGCC